AUGAUGGUAAUGUAUUAUCUAGGUUAAUGAUUUUAUUUUAUUUUAUUCUUUUAACAAAAGUCAGGGUUUCUAGAUGAACACAUCCUAACUUUUAUAUAAAGAGGACUAUUAUGGGAAACAGCACAAAUUAAAGAGAAUGUAAAUGGAGAAAGAAUUUAAGGAUUCAUCUUCUGCAUAAAUAUCAUAUUUAUUGAGUUCUGAAUACUAUGGUAAUUGUGUAUUUACCUAACCCAACUUUGAGCAGUCUCCUGGAAGAGAGAUGACCUUCUUAAAGGGGCUAUCAGGGACUCUAGGAAGAAUACACCAAGCUGUCCUUCUAAGAGGAAUAUGUACAAGAGGGUCUUCGAUUCCUUUCUUUAAUGUGGAGAAGGUGGUUUUUAGCUAGAAUUGAAAUGUUGGGAAAUAGAUUAUUCUCUCCUUUCUCCUCACUUUCAUAUGGAAUAUUUUGCUUACAAACUGCAUAGAAACAAAUGGGUUUUCUUUUUUCACCAAUGGAUAAUAUGCAAGUAUUGGUAAAGCAAAAUGUUAGCAAGUUGUCCAUUAAGCAUGCUUAGAGAUAUGCAGAAACUGAUAGCUGGUUAAGGCAGUGAAAAAUAAAACACACAUUUUUCUAGGCAGAACAUGAGUAGUGAAAAAAACUGCUUUUAAAUCUGUAGUAUACAUAGAAAUCUUAAUGCUUCACAGUGGGUUUCUUAACAUAGUAAGAAUAAACAUGAGUAGAUAGCAGAACCUGAUUAACAUUUGAGGGGGCUUAGAAGGCUUUUAAAAGGCUCUAAUUGUGGGGAAGUUUAAAUUUCAGUAGCAUGAAUUGAUAGCACAAAUGGCAACUUUAGAUUUUUUUUUCCUAAAAACUAACAUUUUAUAACCUUAGUAGGUGUCAUAGUUCAAUUCUGUAAUUCUUCUGCUGAUUCUUAGUAUUUAUCAUUUCAGAACUACUCAUGAAUUCUUGUUUGGUGCUCUUGCUGAACUGGUUGAUAAUGCAAGAGAUGCGGAUGCCACCAGAAUAGAUAUUUAUGCAGAAAGGCGAGAGGACCUUCGAGGAGGAUUUAUGCUUUGCUUUUUGGAUGAUGGAGCAGGAAUGGAUCCAAGUGAUGCUGCCAGUGUGAUCCAGUUUGGGAAGUCGGCCAAACGAACACCUGAGUCCACCCAGAUUGGGCAAUAUGGGAAUGGGUUAAAAUCGGGCUCAAUGCGCAUUGGGAAGGAUUUUAUACUCUUCACCAAGAAGGAAGACACCAUGACCUGCCUCUUUUUGUCUCGGACCUUUCAUGAGGAGGAAGGCAUUGAUGAAGUGAUAGUCCCAUUGCCCACCUGGAAUGCUCGGACCCGGGAACCUGUCACAGACAACGUGGAGAAGUUUGCCAUCGAGACAGAACUCAUCUACAAGUAUUCUCCCUUCCGCAAUGAAGAGGAAGUUAUGACUCAGUUCAUGAAGAUUCCUGGAGACAGUGGAACACUGGUGAUCAUCUUCAAUCUCAAACUCAUGGAUAAUGGAGAGCCAGAGCUAGACAUAAUCUCAAAUCCAAGAGAUAUCCAGAUGGCAGAGACUUCCCCAGAGGGCACGAAGCCAGAGCGGCGCUCCUUCCGUGCCUAUGCUGCCGUGCUUUAUAUUGAUCCCCGGAUGCGGAUCUUCAUCCAUGGGCACAAGGUGCAGACCAAGAGGCUUUCCUGCUGCCUAUAUAAGCCCAGGAUGUACAAGUACACAUCAAGCCGUUUCAAGACUCGUGCAGAGCAGGAGGUGAAGAAAGCUGAGCAUGUAGCACGGAUUGCUGAGGAGAAGGCACGGGAGGCAGAGAGCAAAGCUCGGACCUUAGAAGUUCGCCUAGGUGGAGACCUCACACGGGACUCCAGGGUGAUGUUGCGGCAGGUCCAGAACACAGCCAUUACCCUGCGCAGAGAAGCUGAUGUUAAGAAGCGGAUCAAGGAGGCCAAGCAGCGAGCACUUAAAGAACCUAAAGAACUGAAUUUUGUUUUUGGGGUCAACAUUGAGCACCGGGACCUGGAUGGCAUGUUCAUCUAUAACUGUAGCCGCCUGAUCAAGAUGUAUGAAAAAGUGGGCCCACAGCUGGAAGGGGGCAUGGCAUGCGGUGGGGUUGUUGGGGUUGUUGAUGUGCCUUACCUGGUCCUGGAACCUACACACAACAAGCAGGACUUUGCUGAUGCUAAGGAGUACCGGCACCUGCUGCGGGCGAUGGGGGAGCACCUGGCACAGUAUUGGAAGGACAUUGCCAUUGCCCAGAGGGGAAUCAUCAAGUUCUGGGAUGAGUUUGGCUACCUCUCUGCCAACUGGAACCAGCCCCCAUCCAGCGAUCUACGUUACAAGCGCCGGAGAGCUAUGGAAAUCCCAACCACCAUCCAGUGUGAUUUGUGUCUGAAGUGGCGAACCCUCCCCUUCCAGCUGAGUUCUGUGGAAAAAGAUUACCCUGACACCUGGGUUUGCUCCAUGAACCCUGAUCCUGAGCAGGACCGAUGUGAGGCUUCUGAACAGAAGCAGAAGGUUCCCCUGGGGACAUUCAGAAAGGACCUGAAGACACAAGAAGAGAAGCAGAAGCAGCUGACAGAGAAAAUUCGCCAGCAGCAGGAAAAGCUAGAAGCCCUGCAGAAAAUAAGUAUUCUACCAGAGAGGUAA